GUGAGUGAGUGGAGCGGCCGCUUCCUGUUCCCCGCAGCCCGCCCUCUCCGCCUUGGGUGGUGGCCGCUGCUCGUCCCCGCUCCCAGGCACAGGGCGGAGGCGGCCGCGACCUGGUGCGGAGACCGCCGCCGGCUCGCUUCUUGCGCGGCCUUCCCCGUUCAGCAGCAGGACCCGCGGUGCAGGCCCGAUGCAGGCCAUUAAGUGUGUGGUGGUGGGCGACGGUGCUGUAGGUAAAACAUGCCUACUCAUCAGUUACACAACCAAUGCAUUUCCUGGAGAAUAUAUACCCACUGUCUUUGACAACUACUCUGCUAAUGUAAUGGUCGAUGGAAAACCGGUGAAUUUAGGUUUGUGGGAUACAGCUGGUCAAGAGGACUAUGACAGACUACGUCCACUCUCCUAUCCGCAAACAGUUGGAGGAACCAAUGGUAAGAAUCUAUCUUCCAGUCUGACAGAUCAACCUAUUGCCGAUGUCUUCUUAAUCUGCUUUUCCCUUGUGAGUCCUGCUUCCUUUGAAAAUGUCCGUGCUAAGUGGUAUCCUGAGGUGCGGCACCAUUGUCCCAACACUCCCAUCAUUUUAGUGGGCACCAAACUUGAUCUCCGGGAUGAUAAAGACACUAUUGAAAAACUGAAGGAGAAGAAGCUGACUCCCAUCACCUACCCACAGGGCCUUGCAAUGGCAAAAGAGAUCGGUGCAGUGAAAUACCUCGAAUGCUCAGCACUUACGCAGCGAGGCCUCAAGACAGUGUUUGAUGAAGCCAUCCGAGCAGUUCUGUGCCCCCCUCCUGUAAAGAAGAGGAAGAGAAAAUGUCUGCUGCUGUAAACAUUACCCUCCCCCACCCCACUCCAAACCCUGUGCUUUGCUCAGAACAAUGGAGCAUUCACACUCAAUGCCAAGUUUUUCUGUUAUAAAUUAGUUCUUUUCCACAAAUUCUUGAACCAAUCAACAAUUUCACAGUUUCCUUUUGUUUCAAGAAUGACAGUUACCUUCUAAAAGCAAACUCCUGAAAAGACAAACAUAUGUAAAGCCUUAUUUUUAAAAUCCUAUUCUUGCUCAAUUAAGUGUUGCCAAACUAUCUGCUGAACUAAGUUGCGUUGUUGUGCUACGAACACUAAGCACUAAACUGUUUUUUAAAGAUUCUUGAAGAUGACUCUAAUUUCUGGUAGGAAAUGCAAAAACACUUUCUAGUUUUUCACAGUAAGUAGCAGUACCGGGUCAUUAGUGAAACACUGCACUCGAAUGAGCUAUUACUAAAUGGUUCCUCAACCCACAGUCAUUGCACAGCGUUGUAGAUCAGACCCAAGUUGCUGGCAAUGACUGACACCCGUGAGUCACAGUGUAAAAUGCUUUAUCGUGGGUAAGGGCUUGGUUGCAAUCUAGUUCUUGCUGCUGUGAUCUAAAGAAUAAAUAACUAUUUGUACUGAAGUGUAUCUAGUCCUUUUGACAGCUUUGUGUUGUGAUGGAUAAAGGAAAUAGUGGGUUGGAUCAAAUGAUAGUGCCAGACAGUAUUUUGAUGCCGUACAGCUGACUUACACUACACUGCCAGGGUAGUUGAAACUGUGCAGGUUAACACCGGGGCCUGCUGUCCCAGAGGUGCAGCAGUGGAAGAGAGGUUGGUGUUCACAGGUAAAUUCCGUUGAAUUUCAAGUAGGGCAUUUGUUUAGGUACAACUCCAAACCAGUCAUUCCCACAACUGUUGUGUAGUAAAUGCUUUUCUUGUAGUAUCUCUUCUUACUGAGCAAUAUAACUUGUAUUUUAAAACCUUUCUGAUGAUACACAUUUGCUUCUUUUUAUUUUUCUUUGUAGAGUAGAAUGUUGAAGCAUAUCCUCCUUAUUUUCCUGUUAUUUCUGACCCAGUAAGUUAUAUGCUUUCUGAGGAGCUUUUACUCUAUUAACUAGGUGUAAAAAUCAUGUGAAGCGGCUUUACACAUUUUAGUAAUUUUUGUAUUUUAAACCUCUAUAAACUACGAACUUUCUCACCUAUCCCUCUUUGCAAGCUCUCCCCACCACUGUAAUGUUACUAAUGCAGACAAGUGUUCUUUAUGUCACUACAUGUACGUGUGCAGCAUAGGCUGAGUAAUGGUAACCUGGGUCUGUGAGGUUCUGUAAACUAGUGCUCAUGUUCUGUACAUUCUAAGCAGGCAGGAAUACGAUGUUGAACUACACCCUUUCAACCACUAAAGCAAAAUUUACAAGUAAAAGUUGCAAAAUUGUGAAGUUUUUACAUUGAUCUUUUGCUAAUGCAAUUAGCAGUAUGUUUUGCAUGUAUGACUUAAUAAAUCCUUGAAUCACA